AGCUAGGCGCCAUCCCCAAACCCAACGCAACGCCUCCCCUCUCCCCUGUCAGCGUCGCCGUCUUCCUACCUGUCCGCUCCCAGUCCCGUCUGAACCCACGCCAAAGCAGCAACCACCCCUCCUCCUUGGUUCCUCCCUGGCUCCCUCUCACCAGUCUCCACACACAGUGACACAGACACAGGAACGAGCAGUUGCUUGGCGCCGAUUUCGCCCAAGUGCGGCGCCUGCAGUGUUUUUGGCCUCGAUGAUUGCUCAAUUAAGCAGCGGCAGCGCAGCGAAAAGGAGGCGCCUUUACAGGAAAAAGGCCUCGCCUUUCGCUUGAAUCUCGCCGCGCCGCGCCUGCUCUCGUUUUCCCGCGCCGCGCCCCUCGCAACUUCGGAACCGGAGCGAGAGCAAGAGGGAGCGGAGGAGUCUUUGUCGCCGCGUUGUUCGUGGCGGUUGGAGAGGAGCUAAGCAGAGGGUCUCCGUCCGGCGGCGGAGAUGGAGGCGGCCGACCCCUUGGAGUAUGAACUGCAGAGAGAGAUCUCUGACAUCAUGAUUCAGGACUAUGUUUGCGGUUUGCAACGGGAGUUUGAGAUGAAGGUAUGGGAGCAUCAGAACUGUAUCAGCACUCUGAACAGGAAUUGGAAACAGAAGGUUUCUGAGAUUGGGGUACUGCGAGAUGAGCUUCACAGUAUUCUGAGUGUUGUAGUAGGUUCGGAAUCUGGUAUGCAUCCUCACCAAUCCCACAGUAGUCCAGAAGACCAGAUCGUUGUGAAGGUGAAAGAUGAUAAUGAGCCUCCUCUAACAGAGAAAGCUACUGAUACAAGUGAGGUUAUGCUUGAGAUCCCAGAUUUUUCUCUCCUGAAACACAUGCCAAGUGAAGAAAUCACUAAUUUUCUCAAGACGGAAUGGCUAAAACUACGAAGACAGCAUGAGUCUGAGCUGCAUCAGAAGACAGAAGAGCUGUUCAGGGUGAAAAGGGAAUAUGCAAAAGCUAAAGCUUCAUUGCCUCUUAAGAAAGAGAGAGAGCUUGAGUUCAUCAAAUCAAAGUUGCUCCAAACCAUUUCUAAGCUGGGUGAGAUAGCGUCGAGGAAAGAGAAUUCUUGUUUUGAGCGUAAUGAGAGUGAGGAUAUGUGCAGAUUGAAGGACAGGAUCGGCAUGUUACUUCAUGAAAAUAAUCGUCUCCGAGGAUUACUGGCUGAUAAAAGAGAGGAGGUUAAGCACUUCUCCUCGCAAGUUUCAGAUGCAAAGAGCAAAAUAGCUCAGCACUCACUGUCAGAGGCAAACCUCUUGAAUAAUUUUGAGAAGCUUAGGGCUGAACUUGAAGAUGUAAAGAUUGAGAGACAAUUGAACAAUUUAUUGGAUUCGUCUAUAUUCAGGGAAGCUUUUGAUGAUUACGAGAAUCAGAUUUAUGAUAUGAAUCAGGAGGGGUCCUUCCUCAAAGAGUUGCUUGAUGAAAAAGAAGACCAGUUAAAUAUUAUAUAUGAAGAUAGACAAAAGCUCAAGUAUGAAAAUAAUCAACUAGUAUCAAUUGCAGGAUCAAUAAUGCAGCAUCAUGACCAAGUCAACUUGGUUAAUGAUGAGAUUUUGAUGUUCAAGGAGAAAGUCUGUGAGCAAGAACUGCUGAUAUUAGAGUCAAAGAGCGAAUAUAACUCAAUGAAAAGAUGUUUGUAUGAGGCUAUGCAGGAAAUCCAAGUAUGCAAGCAAGAGAUACUUGAGCUGACUGAAAACUUAACUUCUAUGGCUAUUGCUUUGGAUGAAGCCAAAAAACAGAAUGCCUCACUUGAUGCCACCAUCCGGGAAAUGAAGAAAACACCAGCACAAAGCAUUUGGAGGCAUAGUGAACAGACAGGGGAAUCUGAUCUUGCCAGUAUCGAGAAGUUGUCAAAAGCAUACAGUGAUUUUGAAAGCAGAUUAGCAGAAACUAUGAAAAGAAAUGAAACCAGGUUGACUAGUAUGAUUUGUCAGUUUAACCCAUUGGUGCAGCAAGUUGCUGUCUUAAGGAAAAAAGAAUUCUGGUAUAAGCAAAUACUUGAGAUUAAAUGUUCAAAUCUUCGGAAAGCAGAAGCCGAGGUUGAUAUACUUGGUGAUGAAGUUGACACCCUUCUAAGUGUCCUGGGGAAAAUCUAUAUAGCACUUGAUCAUUAUUCUCCAGUUUUGAAGCAUUACCCUGGGGUUACAGAGAUUUUGAUUCUUGUGCAGAAGGUGUUGAAAGGAGAAAAUAUUUAGCACCAUGCCACCUAGAAAAAUCUUCACAAAUUAAUGUCCAUACAAACACGUGCAAAAUCCCGAGGAGUCACAAAACUUCGAUACAAUAUGCUGUUGGAUAGCAUUUGUAUCGACGCACAGCAAAGAAGUUUGCUAACUUUAGACUAUUUGUGCUAAAAGAAAGGGUAGCCAUGACUAUUCAAUUGCCAGAGUAACCGAUUUAAUCUUUGUUAGCUUCAUUUGUGGUAGUUUGCAGUUAUAGUUGCGUUUAGAUUACAGAUUCAAAAGGUCAAUUCGUGUCAUUGCAGUUUUAGGAUGCAAGUGGGCAAUGACUUGUUCAGUGACUCUAGAUUCUGAUACUUGUAUUGGGUAGCAUAAUUGUAUGUAUCUGUAGCGAUUGCAGUUUUAAUUAGGUUGUAUGUGGGUGAUAGUUUGUUCAAUUUGUGUAGCUUCUUGUGGUCCUGUGCUGUAUAUUUGUAUUGGGCAGUAAAAAUGUAGUUGUACCAGUUGUUUGCUGCAGUCCAAAAUAUAUGAAGAUUCUUUCGUUUGGUGGAAGGAGGUACCUAUGGACAUGACCAUAAUACUUUUGACCAGUA